AGCAGAGACACUGGAUGUUUUGUUUACUUUCUCCAGCCAGGCUGUUUCUCUUCCUUGUAGCCUGUGCUAACCUAAAUUCUUGCUGACAGCAGUGAUACCGGCCGAAAGUGUCAGCUGACAACACUAUUACCACGUUAACUUCGGAGUUAGCCGACAAAAUAGUCAAGCUAAUUUAACAUUUUUUUUAUUUUUGCCGGCCUGGCCGUUAGAUUUCAAUAUUUUAGGGUUUAACCACAUGGUGGAAAUCGGGCUGUUUGCACGUAACGUUCAUUUUUUGGGACUAAACCGCGCAGAUUUAACAAAGAACGUAAACCUCUGAAGAGUUUGUUUAGAUGGUGACCAGCUAGUCUUGGAGCUAGCAGGUCCCGCAGGAGUUUAGCCACACAAAAAAAGCAGCGGACGCCUUGAAUGGGAAGCUUUUAAUUAAACUCACGCCGAAGUUUCAGACUCACUCUCGGCACCCGUCUACUUCCACCGAGGUAAAUGCCGUCCGAAUGGCAAAAACGGAGCCGGGAAACGGACUGGAACAUGUCGCCAGCGCGGAGAAGCUGACGGAGAGCAACGGGAAGGGCGGCUCGAACGGACCGGAGGCAAACGGCUCCAUCCCCGGGGAGAGUCAGGUGGACAGGUACGGCUUCACCGGAGGAUCCCAGCAGUCCGCCGGAGAGCUCGCGGAAGAAGUCCCGAUCGGCGUGCUGAGGCAACGGGAAGCUAAAUGGCUGGAGAUGCUGAACAGCUGGGACAAGUGGAUGGCCAAGAAACACAACAAGGUGAAAGAGCGCUGUCAGAAGGGGAUCCCUCCGUCGUUACGGGGCCGAGCCUGGCUCUACCUCACUGGGGCCAAAGUAAAAAGGGAGCAAAACAAGGGCAGGUUUGAGGAACUGGACAACCAGCCAGGAGAUCCUAAAUGGGUUGACGUCAUUGAGAGGGACCUCCAUCGACAGUUUCCUUUCCACGAAAUGUUUGCAGCCAGAGGAGGUCAUGGGCAGCAGGAUCUGUUUCGCGUGCUGAAAGCUUACACUCUUCAUCGACCUGACGAAGGUUACUGUCAGGCUCAGGCGCCUGUCGCCGCCGUCCUCCUGAUGCACAUGCCAGCCGAGGAUGCCUUCUGGGUUCUGGUCCAGAUCUGUGAAAAAUACCUUCCUGGAUACUACAGCACCGGGCUGGAGGCGAUCCAGCUGGACGGGGAGAUCCUGUAUGCUCUGCUGCGGCGGGUGUCCGCUGUGGCUCACCGCCACUUAAAGAAGCACAAAGUGGAGCCCAUCCUGUACAUGACCGAGUGGUUCAUGUGCGCCUUCUCCCGGACUCUGCCCUGGUCGUCCGUGCUGCGGGUCUGGGACAUGUUUCUCUGUGAGGGAGUGAAGAUCCUCUUCAGAGUGGGCCUGGCUCUCCUGAAGUGCUUGUUAGGAACGCAGGAAAAAGUGAAGUCCUGCCAAGGUUUAUACGAGACGGUUGAGCUGCUGAAAAAGAUUCGUCCAGAGUACAUGCGUGAAGCCUUCCUGGUGCAGGAGAUCAUAGACCUACAAGUCUCUGAGAAGGACAUUGAGAAGGAACACCAAGCUCAGCUGCGGCGCUGGAAGGAGACUCACGGAGAUCUAAGCUGCAACUCCCCUCCGAGGAUGCACGGCGCAAAGGCCAUCAUGGCUGCCGAGCCACCGAGCCGUCAGGAGCUGAGGCAGAGACCCACCAUCGUUGUCGAGUCUCCUUCGGCGUCAAAAACGCAGGCGGCGUCAGAAGGCGAAGCAAAGGGAAGCAUGAAGCCCACGAAGGAAAACGGCCAUGCAGCCGUGCUCCCAGUUGCGGACCCUAAUGAUGCAUCGCAAGCGCUUAACCACAUGACCGUCCAGGGGUCCAAAGAGAGUGUGAGCAGCGGCGAGCAGGACACGUACCUUUAACCAGGCGAGGGUUACACCAGUUUAUGCCACACUGCUCUCUUCCUGCAGCGACACUCGUCAGAUUUCCGUCACUGUCUUUAGUGACACGGUAAACAAUAAAAUCUGCACAUUUUCAACAUAUUUGAAGCCUCAAACCGGACUUCUUAGGUGUUCUGACUCCUAUUUGGACUUCACGCUAUUUCACCCGACUAAGCAGAUGCAUCCAGGAAACUCUCAGACUGGUCGUUUUCAUGGACGAUGGAUUUAGAUGCGUCAUUACUCUAUUCUGAAUCAGAAUAUUGUUGACCAUGAAUGCAUAGAGGAACACGAUUUUUACCUGUGAGGGCGAAUAAUUUCCAUACAUAUGUCACCAUUGGGCAAUUCAUAAUAACAGAUAUUGAUUCAUUCUAGGUCAAAACGUCCUAAUCUAUGGCAGGAUAUUCUUUUCUAGAACAUGCUGCCUCUUUUGUUCUUCUGUUUUUUCUACAUUAUUCACUAUAUUUCAUCCGUUCACACUAACUCACAGUUUUCUGGUCGUCACAGACUCGUGCUGGUUCUGUAAAGCUGUCGUUGCUCACCUUGUCCACACGGGGGCAUCCUUGUGCUGUUUCUGAGACGUAGCAGGUGGGGCUAAACCUGGAGGAACAAAGUGCAACGAAGGGGGCUUUUUGUGUCAAUAUGCCAAAGAUUUAAGGUUCAUAUUU